ACAGUGAAGAAAGGAGACACUAUCUUUGUUGGAUACCUAUUCACUGGUACUGAAAUAACUUCAGUUUGGCUUGAGAUCAUGGUUCGGAAGGGUGAUGAAGCUGCGGCUCAGGAGGAUGAGAAGGUUGGGAAAGAGCAUGAGGUAGAGUGGGAAACAGAACCAGAGCUGGAUUUUGAAAAACAGAAGGAGAAGGAGGAGAAGCAGAAAGCUUUGAAGGAGAAAGAGAUGAUUAAUAGUGCUGUGUACAAGGAGAGAGAGAUGCAGAAACAAGAAGAGGUGAAGCUUUUAAGGAGGGUGGCUGCUGAGGCAGGGAGGAAACGCACAGAAGAAUAA